CAAGCACUCUUCGAGAAGUACUCGGCAACCAACUUCAACUCAUACAACGAAGAAGACCUACAAGCCCGAUCUUGGCCGCCUAAUGACGAACAAACAAACUUUCAAGAUGAGCUAGUAGCGAAUCGAGCGUCUUGGAAAGUGCUUGGUGAAGGUUGGGAAGGCAAGGUAUUCGCCUAUGAAGAGUGGGUUAUCAAGACAUUUACGCCAGGGCGGAGUCCGUUCCGGAAUUGCGCGCCCGACGCGUCUAAAUGGCCCACGGAGAUACCCGCAUCACUCCAGUUUGGAGGUUCAGUUGAUGACUACGGAAAUGCGACACAUAACGGCUUCCUUCCUGUGAAGGCACAUUUCAUGGCUUCCACGGCGCCUGGUGAGCUGGCAGAAUGGCACCUUGUUACUCCUCUGUUGAGAGGCGGUAAUCUUGCCUCGCUCUCCAAGAAGCUUUCCUUGGACGAACAACCAAUGUCCUACGAGCAGAUUGAUGCAAUCUAUCGACCGGCCUUCAACGAAUUACUGAAGGACGUGGGCAUCCUUCACGAUGCAGGCUACUGCCACGACGAUGUCAAGCCUGGGAACGUGUUCAUCCAAGACGAGUCACAUUGGGCGGUAGGGGACUUGGGCAACGUACGAGAGGUAGAACACCCCUAUCAUUCGUCACGCAUUUGGAGAGACAAUGGCCAGCUAGAAGAUUGCCGUGCGAACGAUGUGGUACGAGCUUUGCAGUCGUACCUGAAGUUUGUUCAGUCUUCUGCUGCUGACGAGGAUGGUUUUAAUGCAGCCUUGUACGAAGGCCAGACACCCUUGAGCAGACUUUUUUGGUGGAUGCUUGCGGAUGCGCCGUACAUGAGUACAGAGAAACUUGGUCAACAAUCUCUUGCAGAGCACCCCGAAGCAGCGUAUGAGCCUGAGGUUGGUGAUAGGUAUCCCAAACCGGCUCGGCCUUAUACUUUUCUGGACUUGUUCUCCAAGCGUCGAGCUCUGAAGAGGGCGGUCGAUCUGGCACUUAGUACACGGAUUGAUGAAAAGCGCGCAAGGCUGUGGGGUAUGGUUUGGCUGUUCGGUGUACCCGAGUCAAAGAAUCCGGCGAUGAUCAAGGGCAACAGUAGCGACCACCACGAUACUUGCAAGGAUGGCAGCAACGACAUUUGGGGCAAAGACCGGCCGCGCGACAUCCACCUCCAGAUCUCCAUCUCCUUCGCGCUUGGCAUAGGUGCAUUUCUGACCUUCUGCUUCCUCCGCCCACGAUGGAAAGGCCUCUAUGCUGCACGCAAGAAGCAGAACGACCUUGCGACCUCGCUGCCCGAGCUUCCGGACAGCCUUUUCGGCUGGAUCAUACCACUAUGGAACAUCACCGACGAACAGGUGCUGGCAUCGGCCGGCCUCGACGCCUAUGUAUACCUUGCCUUCUUCAAGAUGGCUAUCAAGUUUCUGCUUGUUACGCUGUUCUUCGCCCUGGCCGUCAUCAAGCCGGUGCAUGACACACAUCAAGAAAAGGAGGGAAAGAAAGCCCCGAUCCACGAAGAACCCAGCUGGGACCAUCUUGAGACACGAAGUACCAUUUCUACGUUCGCGGCCGAAUACGAACAAUACACCGACUACCUGUGGAUGUAUCUCGUCUUUGUCUACCUCUUCACCGCCCUCAUACUAUACUUGAUUGUCUCGGAGACGAGGAGGAUUAUCGAUAUCCGGCAAGAGUACUUGGGAAGCCAGACAACCAUCACCGACCGAACCAUCCGAUUAUCGGGUAUUCCAGUUGACCUUAGGUCCGAGGACAAGAUCAAGAACUUCAUCAUGGACCUUGGCAUCGGCAAGGUUGAGAGUGUGACUCUCUGCAAGGACUGGAAAGAGCUCGACAGCAAAGUCAUCGAGAGGCAGGCCAUCUUGCGGAAGCUCGAGGAAGCUUGGACUGUCCAUCUUGGAAGCCGCCAAGUGGAACGAAGCUUGGAGACUCUCCCAAUUGUUCAGCCACGUCCGCCACAAUCUUCCGAAAGCAGCGGGAACGACGAGAGUGAGACAAGUCAUUUCCUAAGCGACGCAGAUCGGGAUCCUGACUACAUCACUCCCUACCCCCAGCAGCGCCCGACAGCCAAGAUCUGGUACGGCCGCUUCAAGCUACGGUACAAGAGAGUAGAUGCCAUUGACUAUUAUGAGGAGAAGCUGCGUAGGAUUGACGACGAGAUCCGCACGCUGCGCAAGAAAGACUUUGAACCGACCCCGCUGGCAUUUGUGACCAUGGAUAGCGUUGCAAGUGCGCAAAUGGCCAUUCAAGCUGUGCUUGACCCUUCCCCACUGCAACUCCUAGCCCAUAACAGUCCAGCACCACAGGAUGUGGUCUGGUCAAAUACUUACCUGUCUCGCCGUCAAAGAAUGUUUCGAUCUUGGUCAAUCACCGUCGCGAUUGGUAUCUUGAGUGUCUUCUGGACAGUCCUGCUAGUGCCCAUUGCUGGUGCUCUCAACACGUGCUCCAUCCAAGAGGUUUUCCCGGGCCUGGCACAUGUACUGCACGAAAACGAGUUUGUAGAAUCUCUUGUCAACACCCAGCUUCCCACAUUGGCACUUACUCUGAUCAAUGUAGCUGUGCCUUUCUUGUACGACUGGCUCGCCAAUAAACAAGGGAUGAUCUCACAAGGCGAUGUUGAGUUGUCAGUCAUUUCGAAGAACUUCUUCUUCGUUUUCUUCAACUUCUUCAUCCUCUUCACCAUACUAGGAACUGCUUCCAAUUUUCUGACGAUGCUUGAGCGCUUCGCCGAGAAGCUCACCAGCGCCACACAGAUCGCAUACGCCUUGGCAACAUCGCUCUCGAAUUUACUGGGCUUCUACACCAACUUCAUCAUCCUUCAAGCAUUCGGACUGUUCCCGUUCCGACUUAUGGAGUUCGGAGCCCUAUCUCUGUAUCCGGUUUAUCUCAUUGGGGCUAAGACCCCCCGAGAUUAUGCUGAAUUGGUACAGCCGCCAGUCUUCAGUUAUGGGUUCUUCCUACCACAAACCAUCCUCAUUUUCAUCAUCUGCAUGGUCUACAGUGUGUUGAGAGACUCAUGGCAAGUUCUGCUUGUCGGUGUGGCCUAUUUCAUGAUCGGCCACUUCGUUCACAAGUAUCAACUCUUGUAUGCCAUGGAACACCGUCAGCACUCAACUGGCAAGGGUUGGACGAUGAUGUGUGACCGCGUCAUUGUUGGUGUCGUACUGUUCCAAGUUACUGUCGCUGGCCAAUUGGCUCUCAAGAAGGCGUUCAAGCGGGCCGUUAUGGUAGCGCCGCUGGUCGUUUGUACUCUAUGGUUCCUUGUUGUAUUUGCGCGCACUUAUCGACCACUGAUGAAAUUCAUCGCCCUAAGAAGCUUGCGGAGUCCAGAACAAUCGGAUCUUGGACGCGACGUUCAGGAAGAAGCUGUUGCGUAUGGUCAGGCUGGACGGAGAACUGUGGGUAGACUUACAGUAGACGAGGCCCGAGAACGGGGCCUGCGCUUCGAGAACCCCAGUCUCAUUAUGCCUCUGGAUGAUGUAUGGCUACUGAACAGACAUGGUAGACCUCAAAACGGAUCACACGGAUCUGGAUCUAAUGAUGCCAACGGUGCCAACGGUGCCAACGGUGCCAACGGCAGCUGGGAUUAUGAGCUUACAACACUGACACCUCACAUUCUUUACUCACUCACCACAACCACCCAAACCUUGUGGGACAUCUUAUCCAUACUACUUUUCGUAUUCUUUUGUCACACAAAGGCGGUAAUAUUCUCGACGUGGCUAGUGUUUGUCUCACUUCCCGUCCGACCAGCCUCAGCGGUAACUUACCUCAGACCGGCGGUGCACCUCCACCUUGGGGGUGCUUCAACCACGUCUUCCCAGAUAUACCUAUCGCGUGGUGUAGCCGGAACCAAGUCUGAGCCAGCGCUUCCUAUUCUUAACAUCCAGGCGGCCUCAUUCGUCGAAUCUUCGACCACGCAACGACUGUCUCUCACUCCGUCCUGUACUUGCCACGAAAGAAUGUCCCACAUGCAGGACCACGCGAAGAAAACUCCACUGUUGGGAGGAUCAAGCCGAUCACCAACAACUUCACAGCACGAAGACUCCUCGAAUACUACAAGUGACGUGCAACCACCAGCUACAAGACGCUCCGAAGUUCUCCGCCAUGUCUUUCCUCGACCUUCAAGAAGUCGCGAUCCUCACAACCAUAAGAACAUGCCUCGUGUCGCCAAAGCCGAUUGUCCCAACACUGCCCUCGUGUCUCGGCUACAGUCCAGGCCACGUGUUGCUUUUCACAGAUACAUUACAUCCUUUUUCGGUGGUGCCCACGAUCGUAAUUUAGUCGCAGACCUUCCCAAGACAAGAUCGCGGUCAUCCAGCUUUGGUUCUAGGCCGGGGUCCUCCAUAUAUGGCUCAGUACCUAGCCUGGAUGUCAUCUCACCUACUGCCUUCAUGUUCAGUGGACCAAGUCUCCGGUCUGCAGGAUCUCAUAGCGACUCGCUGUCCCGCCUUCCAAGUCUCGCGGAGACAAAUAGCGAUGUACAAUUAAUACGUCGGGCACGAACCGACUCUUUUUCAAUGCUCGACAGUAGCAGUGUUACUGAGGAUGCAAUAUUGGAGCCUGGUGUCGACGAAGGCAUUACCCGCACUGUAAACGACGUUCUGCUUGGUAUUCGCACGCCGACAGAAAGGGACGAAAGCUCAUCAAUCGUUACACUCGGGGAUAGCUCAUCAGUCUUUAGUGACACACAAGAGCACGUCGUUCGCAAUCGUCUUCAUUCCGCCAGAAAUAACCCCACUUCUCCCGUGUGUACUUUUGCUGCACUCGUCUCACCAUAUUUGGAUACGGCCACUUGGAGCGCGUUACGCCUGACAAAUCGUGCCUGGUACCUUGCUUUGAGCGUUGCAGCACCACCGACGUUUCCGAGCUCGUACCACCUUCCGGUGGAAAUACUUCACCACGUAUACGAUUACCUUAGUCCAAAGGACUUCAAUGCCGUACGCCAUACUUGUCAGCACUGGAUGCGGGCAAGUCUUGAUAAGAAACUGCUGACUACGAUGCUAAGAAGAGGUGGCUGGCUGAGUGGCGCUGAGGAUACCAACUGUAGAGCCCGCAGUGUUUCUUCUCAUCCCAUCGCAGACACUGUUUCGCAAAGCAAGGAAUGGUUACUCAAUCGGCACCUUUCUCGGCAGUGUGCGUUGUCAUCUGGGUGGACCGGAAACGGACUAGACACCAGAGUCGCCAUUACAGAAAGAUCCGAAGUCGACUUUUCUGAGCUAGCCAACGGACAUGCAGGUGGUUUGGUAUUUGCCACAAGUCUCUGCAGCAGAUUCGUGUGCGUAGCACGAGAGACUCUAAUCUACAUCUACAACCUAGAUAAUGGCGUUCCUGUCCCUAUCACGAGUGUCAUCUGUCCAAGAAGGGUCUUAGAGGUAAGCAUGGACGUCUCUUCCGGCCAGCACUCAAUCGCGGCCCUCCUCGAAGGACGCAUGGGUCUUGUUUGCGAGCUCCAUUAUGGUCGCACAAUUAGAGGCAACGAUCCUGUUGAGGUUCACGUUGACGUUGGUGGCCAAGAGAAGGGCACCGCAUCAGCAUCUAUUCAGACCAGCUGUGUCAACGACUAUGAGACCGGUUUGAACCUUCAAGGACGCAGCAUAGCUCGCGACCACCUGUACUUUCUUUCACCAAGACCAGGCUUUGAAUCGGCCAAGAAGCUGCGUCUCAUAUCUAGUGCAGCUCAUCCAGAAGACCGGCCCGCCAUUAGCCGUAAAUUCUUUGGUCGCCUUACUAUGAGCGCUUUCUGGGGUUCAUUUGGGUUUGAAUCUGCGUCGAACCAACCAGGAUCGCCGAACUGCGAUCACUAUCAUGCUGUUCCCUUGAGCGACGGAUACCACAUUCUGUUCAUCGACCCAGCCAACGGCCUACUAACAUUAGGCUGCGACGCACCGCUUGGUGGACCUACGAAACUCCUUCGCAAGAUCACAUUCAUCUCACCGGAAAAGUAUAUGUUACCAAGGCUGUACAUCGCGGCUGCGGACUUGUCUCAGGGUGUUCGCGUCGUUGUGACUUACGGCGAAACCCUCGUGUUGUAUAGCGUCCCCCCGGAUGUCAUUCAACUAUCACAGAUGGAGCAAAAUGUUAAGAGCUGGAAGUCUUACACUGCCUCUACGAAUCUAACAUUGAGGCACCAGAGGGAUCAUUGGCUCAACUAG